CUUCCUAUUCAAAAAUGUGUGAGCUCAGGGCAGCAACUGCAAUGUAAUUUAGGGCAGUAUAUGCUUCAUAGCUUUAGAGAAUAUUGCCUCUUGUUAAUGUUAUGUUGGAGGACAGUGGGAUAGUAGUAAUUUUAGAAAGGUGGUAUUCCUGUUUGUUUUACAUUGGAAACUUCAGAAUAAAUAAAAAGAAGCAUCAAUUGAGGAAGAAAUGUAACUGCAGAAAACCAGCAAUGAAUCCACUUCUGAGCAGACUGUAGAAACGACAGGGGGAAGUAGGUAUAGAAACAUUUUCGUGGGAAUGCAGCUGCGAAAGGAACUUAGCAGACAAAGGCGAAAUCAGCCUUCCUCUUGCUGAUGACUGGGUUCCUGUUUGAUCCUGUUUACAAGCUUCCGAAGAUUGAAAAUAACCCCAACUCCUCUGCAUUGGUGUUGCAAGCAGAAGAAAACAGCAAGAAGAGAAGUUGAGAAUUUAAGCUGGGAGACUUGGCAGAUACCUCUGCCCCUAAAAGUGCCAUCUCUGGGCAGAUCUGGUCUGUCAAGAGUUCGUAUACAUUGUGACUGCUCAGGCAGGAGGCUCUCCGUGUGCCGUGGUUACACGGCAUGCCUAUAGCUGCACGCAUCAGAGCUGCUGAACAAGAUGUCUUCCAAGCGACCAGCCUCUCCGUAUGGGGAAGCAGAUGGAGAGGUAGCCAUGGUGACAAGCAGACAGAAAGUGGGAGAAGAGGAGAGUGACGGGCUCCCAGCCUUUCACCUUCCCUUGCAUGUGAGUUUUCCCAACAAGCCUCACUCUGAGGAAUUUCAGCCAGUUUCUCUGCUGACGCAAGAGAACUGUGGCCAUAGGACUCCCACUUCUCAGCACAACACAAUGGAAGUUGAUGGCAAUAAAGUGAUGUCUUCAUUUGCCCCGCACAACUCAUCUACCUCACCCUUGAAGGCAGAAGAAGGUGGGCGUCAGAGUGGAGAAUCAUUGUCCAGCACAGCCCUGGGAACCCCUGAAAGGCGCAAAGGGAGCCUAGCGGAUGUUGUAGACACUCUUAAGCAAAGAAAAAUGGAAGAGCUCAUCAAAAAUGAGCCAGAAGAAACUCCCAGUAUUGAAAAGCUACUAUCAAAGGACUGGAAAGACAAGCUUCUUGCCAUGGGAUCAGGGAACUUUGGAGAAAUAAAAGGGACUCCAGAAAGCCUUGCUGAGAAAGAAAGGCAGCUCAUGGGUAUGAUCAAUCAGCUGACCAGUUUGCGAGAACAGCUGCUAGCAGCUCACGAUGAACAGAAGAAGCUGGCUGCAUCACAGAUCGAGAAACAACGCCAACAAAUGGAGCUGGCUAAGCAGCAACAAGAACAGAUUGCAAGACAACAGCAGCAGCUCCUGCAGCAACAACACAAAAUUAACCUUCUUCAGCAACAGAUCCAGCAGGUCCAGGGUCAGCUGCCUCCAUUAAUGAUUCCCGUAUUCCCUCCAGACCAACGAACCCUAGCAGCAGCUGCUCAGCAAGGAUUCCUUCUUCCUCCUGGUUUCAGCUACAAAGCGGGAUGCAGUGACCCUUACCCCGUUCAGCUGAUCCCGACUACCAUGGCAGCUGCUGCCGCAGCAACACCAGGCUUAGGCCCACUCCAACUGCAGCAACUGUACGCUGCUCAACUUGCUGCAAUGCAAGUGUCUCCGGGAGGCAAGAUACCUGGUAUACCCCAAGCUAACCUUGGUGCUGCUGUAUCUCCUACCAGCAUCCAUACAGACAAGAGCACAAACAGCCCUCCACCCAAAAGCAAGGAUGAAGUGGCCCAGCCUCUGAACCUUUCAGCCAAACCCAAGACAUCUGAUGGCAAAUCUCCCACAUCACCCACCUCUCCUCAUAUGCCAACUCUGAGAAUAAAUAGUGGGGCCAGUUCACUAAAAUCCUCUGUGCCAGCAACAUUAGCUAGUCCUUCGGCCAGAGCUAACACAAUAGAUAUCCUUUCUUCUAUCACGUCGUCAGGUUAUUUAAAUGACCACGAUGCUGUUACCAAGGCAAUCCAGGAGGCCCGACAGAUGAAGGAGCAACUUCGGAGGGAACAACAGGUGCUUGAUGGGAAAGUGGCUGUUGUGAAUAGUCUGGGUCUCAAUAACUGCAGGACAGAAAAGGACAAAACAACACUGGAGACCUUGACUCAGCAAUUGGCAGUAAAACAGAGUGAAGACGGGAAGUUUAGCCACGCAAUGAUGGAUUUCAACAUGAGUGGAGAUUCUGACGGAAGUGCAGGAGUUUCAGAAUCUCGAAUCUAUCGGGAAUCCAGAGGGCGUGGUAGUAAUGAGCCCCAUAUCAAGCGUCCAAUGAAUGCAUUCAUGGUGUGGGCUAAAGAUGAACGAAGGAAGAUCCUUCAAGCCUUCCCUGACAUGCACAACUCCAAUAUCAGCAAGAUACUAGGAUCUCGCUGGAAAGCUAUGACAAACCUAGAGAAGCAGCCAUACUAUGAGGAACAGGCCCGACUCAGCAAACAGCACCUGGAGAAAUACCCAGACUACAAAUAUAAGCCAAGGCCGAAGCGUACCUGCCUUGUAGAUGGCAAAAAAUUGCGCAUUGGCGAGUACAAGGCUAUCAUGCGCAACAGACGCCAGGAGAUGAGGCAGUAUUUUAAUGUUGGGCAACAAGCACAGAUUCCCAUUGCCACAGCGGGCGUAGUUUACCCAGGAGCCAUCGCCAUGGCAGGAAUGCCUUCCCCACACCUGCCCUCCGAGCACUCGAGCGUCUCCAGCAGCCCGGAGCCCGGCAUGCCCGUCAUCCAGAGCACUUACGGCAUCAAAGGCGAGGAGCCUCAUAUCAAGGAAGAGAUGCAGACCGAUGACGUCAACGGAGAAAUCUAUGACGAAUACGAUGAGGAAGAGGAUGACCCUGAUGUGGACUAUGGCAGUGACAGUGAAAAUCACAUUGCGGGGCAAGCCAACUGAUCAGGGUCCACAUGUCACAUGACCUCCAGGACUUCAAGGAGAAACGAAAAAAAUAAAUAAAGCCCCAUCUGGUUUAUCCUUGCCAGUGGCCAAGCACAUUAACUUUCUCAUACACUGACUGUUACUUUAACUGUUAGUCUUAACUAGUUGGGACAUCAGCUGACUAAUAGACAUCAGCCUGCAUCAGAAAAAAAAAAAAAGGCUCAGAAGAAAGGAAACAAAGACAACGACGACGACAACAACCGAAUGAAAUAAGCUAUGGGUAAAAUAAUGCCAGUAAUUCAGCUGCUAUACCCAAGCACUGAAGUCUUACCCGUCGACCUUUUAUUAUUAUUAUUUUUUUUUUCAAAUAAACUUUAUGGCUGUUUGUUCUACAAUGUUCUAGAAAUUCUCACUCAGGUACACAGUGCCAACAAGUGGCUUGUGAAUGUGUUUUGUUGUUUUGUGCUACAGUUUAAAGAGAAAUAAUUUUUUUUUUUUUUUUGGUAAUGCACCUGACAGGAAAGAAAAAAGAUAAAAUUCCUUUUACCCCCUCUGUCUCCUCCUCCCCGUCCUCCUCCUCCUCCCCGGCAAAUCUGGGUCAGAAGUAUGUGUGUGUGCGUGUGUGUGUAUGCAUGUGCGUGUGUCUGGCAAGGAAGGAAUUGGGGAGUCUGUUUCUGUUAACCCCAACAAGCAAUUAUUUCCUUUCAAGAGAGGACUUCUCUUCAUCAGUUGCACACCAUACUGAGUCUUUGAGCAAGUGCCAAAUUUGUACUAAAGUGAUGAGCUAGUCCAAUUUGUUUUUCUUGGUUGGUCUCUUCUUUUUUUUUUUUGUUGUUGUUUCCUUUUGUUUUGGUUUUGCUUCCUGCUCUGUCUUAACUUAGGACAGUGUUGUAUCUUAGACAAUCCCUAGAAGAACCUGAUAUACCAGCAGCUGGUGAGAUUAGACAUAUAUUUUUGGCUUUGGUUUUGCUUUUUAAAGGAAACUGUAGGUGCCGUUCUCAGGUGAAAAAGAGAGAGAGAGAGAGAGAGAGACUUAAGAAAUUUAGAGAAAAAAUAUUUUAUGAUCUUGGAUUUUCAUGUGUGCAUGUUUAUGGUACUAAUAAGAAUAAUAUUGGGCAAUUGUGAGCAAAAAGCAUGUUCCAGAAUGAAAUCCCGCACCCUCUAAAUGACUUGGUCUGUAAGGAGCCUUUGCUUUUAAUAUACACUUCAAGUGGAAGCAUGUAAAAUAUAGAAAAAGAUUGUCCAAAAUAUGGUUUGUUCAGUGCAGGACAGGGAAAUUGGAAAUGUUAACACCUUGCUGAGUGUAAUUACGUUACCAUGAUGUUCAGUUUUAAUGAAUUUAUGCCCACAGGUUUGCUCAAUACUGAUGUCCGAUUCAAAAGGCAAAGUUGUUUUACAGGCAGCUUUUGCCUUUGCACUUGCAAAGGUCUAUUUUUUAUCAGUGGGAUAUUUGUGGAGGAAGGCAGGCUAAUAGCUAGGAAGAGAUUUCUCUAUCCAAAGUGAGCAUGCAAGAACUCAGCCCUUCGAGGUGCUGGCUUUCCCUAGCUGUUGCUCACACGAGCAAAAGAUUGUUCUCCUAGGCUAAAAUUAAUGUUUUCAGUGUUCAGAUAUCUUGCUUACGUAAUUUUUGCCUUCCUUGGGCAACAGCAACCAGGAUGAGGAUAGUGGAUUUACACAAGUGUAGUCCUAAGCAGAAGUUAGCCGCUGUAUUUUCAGUAAGGUAACUGACUGUUACGCGUUAUUUCAGAGAAAAGAAAGUAAAUACACGUGAGUCAGAGAGUCUCUUUUCAUUUCCUCACUCUGCUCUUCCUCUAGCAAGAAAGUGCCCAGUUUCAUGUAGCAAGGCAGAAGCGAUAGAUCUAAACCAGCCGACCGACCGAAAAGGCUACCUCCAGUUUCAAACAGCAGCUAUCCAGUGUCUCCUCUUGGUCCUGGGAAGGAAACAAUCACGGUCUUACAGGCAGAAAAGCCUUCCUCUGCGUCCGUUUUCUAACUGAAGAUGCCACCGCAAUGUUCGUCAUGGUCACUGGUAAAUCCUGGCUCCUAGGGAGAGGCUCGUGGCUACCUCUUGUCACUUGAACUCCUAAGAGAAAGCCCUGUGCACGUCAGUGUCAGCGAGAUCCCAGCCCAAGGGGUUACCAAAACUGAGGUGUUCAGCAUUCGGCAACCCAGAUUUUGCAAACGAUCCCUUAGCCAGGCAGAUUCAGAGCGUGGUUAAAUCCAGGUGCGGGAGGGAAGGGAAUGGUAGCAGGAGAGACUGGGAAGCCGGGCGAGGGGGGUCCGGCUUUGCCUCCUGAAAUGCCGCUUGAAGUGUAACUUGGCCUCCGCAGACCUUGUGCAAAGCAAACAAGCAGAUGCCAUGGAAGAGUUAGGACAAUACUCCGGUGAGCGGUUCGGACGUGUGAUAGUUACCCUGCAACAUCUUCUUUUUCUCCCUUCCGUUUUCCCUUUUCCCUUAUUAAUUUCCACCUCUGCCUCAAAACUUCUUUUCUAUUUUCUCUCUCUCAGAAGAUUUGCUCUGGAGUUAUGCUUGGAGUAGCUGAUCAUAUCCUCCAUGUCAGAGAGGGUCCUUUUUGUUUGUAUUUUAUGACUGUAUUUUUUUUUCAGUUGAACUGCCUCUUCUUGCUAGUGUUGUAAUGGUAAUAAUAAUAAUAAUAAUAAUAAUGGUCAGCUGUUCCCAGAUUAGUAAAUUAUGUAUAAUUUAUUUUAUACCCCCUCCUUUUUUAACUUUAUUUUAUUCUGUUCUAAUUUGGCAGUGCAGCAAAUGAAGCUGUUAGGCUAUUUAAAAUGGAUACCCCUCCCCACCUUGCCUUUUUAUAUAUAUAUAAAUAUAUAUAUACAUAUGAAAACAAAUCGCUUCUUCUUCUGCUCACACCAUUCCUCUUUCUUUUAUUUUAAUUUUGGCCCCAGCCAUGUCAACUUCUGAUGUUUAUUAUGAUGGAGUGAAUUAAUGGGAGUGUUGUUUUCAAUCUUAAUUAACUUAUGCUCUCUCAUCACUCAUUUUAGUUAUUUAAUUACACUAGUCAUCUAGAGCCAAUUUUUCUGAAGCACUCUGUUUGGAUAAGAAGGAAAAAAAAUAGACAAUUGUUUUUAUAUCUUUAUUAUGUACAAUGUGAAAACAGAUAUUUGCUCCUUUUUUCUUUAUCUUUUUCUUUUUCUUUUUUUUUUUUUACUUUUCAAUUUGUUCCCUGUCUUUGUGAACAAAUAACUUCUGACUCUUGUGGGUUCACCUCACAUUUGCUGGAUGCUUGAUUUCCACCGUGCUAUAGAGACUCUCUGGUUUAAUUAUGUAACUUUGGGCUACCGGGAUACUUUGUUUUAGCUCCAGGUAGGUGCCGCAGAGGCAGGUGUCAUUGGAGCGAACCGUAGACCCCGGGGCUGGAAAGCCGGCCGUGCCGAAGGCGAAGGAAGGGGGGAAAACAUGGCUUUUGGACUCCAGCGGGGGCCGAACCUCCACCCCGGGGAGCCCCGUGGCGGGGGGCAGGUUCGGCCCGCGCGGCGGAGGGGCGCCGCCGG